AUGUCACCACAGCAAGGCCAGAAAUCCGUUUUGAUCACAGGGUGCACACCCGGCGGCAUUGGGCACGCACUAGGUCUUGCGUUUAGGAAGAAAGGCAAGUCACCUCAUAUCGAAUGCCUACACGUGUUCGCAACGGCGCGGAAUACAGCCGUCCUGGCUGAGUUGGCCGCACCAGGCAUAAGCAUCUUGCAACUUGACGUGACCGACGCCGAAAGUAUCAAGGCUUGCCACGACGAGGUCAGUCGGGCCACCGGCGGCAAGUUGGACAUCCUGGUGAACAAUGCUGGCCGGAAUCACACCCAUCCCGCUCUGGAUGUUUCGAUACCUGACGUUCGGGCAACGUUCGAGACGAAUGUCAUAGGCGUCAUGGCCAUGGUCGCCCAGUUCGGCGACCUGCUGAUUCAUGCCGAGGGCCUGAUCAUCAACAUCGCUUCACUGGCGGCUGUCACACCAUAUGUUUUCGGGAGCAUCUUCAGCGCGACUAAAGGCGCCAUCAUCAGCUAUAGCCGCACCCUGCGGCAGGAACUGAGGCCUUUCAACGUGCGCGUCAUGGUGUUGAUGACGGGUUUCGUAAAGUCUAACACGCAGUCGGUGCGCAGGGAGCUUCCCGAAGACUCCUUCUACAGCAGAGUGCGCGACCUCUUUGACAAGAAGGUGACAUACAGCAAGAACACGGCCCAGUUCAGCCCCGAAGACUUCGCCGCCGAUAUUGUCAGCAAGGCACUGAGGCCAGAGUCUCAACCACUUUUCCGCUCGUGGAUGGGCCGGCCGGAUUGGUACUGGAGUGGCGGCAAAUCGAGCGUGGUCUGGUGGGGAAGCACACUCUUCGGAGAGUGGUUGACUGAUGCCGUCUGCUGGAAGAUGUUUCAACUAGAGAAGCUGCAGAAGAUGGUGCAGAGUGAAAGGAAGCGUCAGUAG